AUGGCAGUCCAAACUACUGACACACUUUUGAAUUCCAGUUCAAAUGUAUUACUAAAGGCAUCAAAACAACAUAUUAAUAUGGAUGUACUUAAUUCUCUUAAAUCAUUAAUAACAUUUUUUGUUAAAAUUGAAAGCAAAAAUAGUCCAUUAUUAUUAAAACAAUUAUUUGUUCAUAUAUUUUUUAAUCCUGCUAUAUGGAUUUAUUGUUCAAUUGAUUAUAGUUUUAAACCAAAAGGUUUAGAUGGAAAUCGACUAACACGUGAACAAAUUAUUGAAAUGAGACAUUAUAUGUUACUCUAUUUAAAACAAUUUGUUAUAAGUAGUUCUGGUACUCAAGAAGAAGAACUUCAAGCUAUUCUUAAUUAUCUUCAUACAGAUGAUAAUCUUAUUGAUGUAUUGGAUAUGACUGUAAAUCUUAUGUCCGAACAUUCAAGAACAAUGGUACCUGCAUUUGAUCGUCGCGACAAGGAUUAA